GACAUCCUGGAGGAUGUGUUGUUAUGCGACAGGAAGAACCCAUCGGCAUGUGGGAGGUGAAAAAUUGUACAACCUUCACAGCUAAGUCACUGUGUAAACAAGAUGUUAAUUUCCAUGAAAAAAGUGAUACCAAUAAGCAGCCAAAUUAUGACAAACCUUUUAAUUCUUGCCUGCAUGGAUGGGAAUCAGACCAUAAUCUGCUGAACUGCUACAAGAUAUUUCAUAGUGAAAAAGUAUUAAUGAAAAGAACUUGGGAGGAAGCAGAAACUUUGUGUAAAGAUUUCGGAGCACAUCUUGCCAGUUUUACACAAGUCCUUGAAGAGGAUUUUUUAAACAAACUUUUGAACACAAUGUUUCAUACUGAUGAUGAAAGACAAUUCUGGAUUGGAUUUAACAAAAGGAAUCCAUUAUCUAAAGGAUCCUGGGAAUGGUCUGAUGGAACUCCUGUUUCAUCUGCCUUUUUAGAGAAAGCUUCUGUUGAAGAUAAUGUGAGAAACUGUGCAGCAUACAAAGCUAAUGGAACCAUUUUGCCACUGCAUUGCAAUUCAGAACGUGAAUGGAUAUGCCAAAUACCAAAAGGUGUGAAACCCAAGACUCCACAAUGGUAUAUUAAUGAGUUACCAUGGUUUUAUUAUCAAGGAGCAGAAUACCUUUUAUAUGACAGCCCCUCAAACUGGGACAGUUUUCAGUUUGUGUGUGGUUGGCUCCGUGGGGAUAUAGCAACCAUACAUUCCGCUCAAGAACAAGAAUUUAUUCAAAACAGAAUAAAAAAGAUUUCGAAAAAAAGUAGCAACUGGUGGAUUGCACUGCGUUCAGAAUUACCCAGUGAAGAAUUUCGAUGGACAGAUGGAUCACUGUUACUGUACCAGAACUGGGCAGGAGAUAAAGAGAGACCAAAGCCAACUCAAGGGCCAAAAUGUGCUUUUAUUUCUUCCCGGACAGGACAAUGGGGCUUUGCAAAUUGUACCAUUUCUCUACCUUGUAUCUGCAAACGUAAAAAUAUACAGAUUACUGAGAGAGAAAUUCUGAAAGAAGAACAUCAAGGAACUUGUCCUAAAGGGUGGCUGUACUUUGGAUUCAAGUGUUUCCUGGUGCAGAUUCCAAAGGAUCCAGGCCAUUUGAAAAGUUGGUAUUCUGCUCAAAAAAUCUGCAGCUACUAUGAUGCAUCACUUGCUUCAGUUGAAAAUGAAGUUGAACAAGCCUUCAUUGCAAUGAACCUGUUUGGACAUAAAUCUAGUGUCUGGAUUGGUCUGCAGAGUGAUAAUUACGAAAAAUGGCUUAAUGGACAGGAAGUAGGAUAUGCCAACUGGUGUCCAGCACAAAAUCAUUACAUUGCUGAUACUGAAAAAAAAGUUGCACUAUGUACUUCAAUACUAAAUAAUCCAAGUUUCUUUUUAAUGGGAAAGUGGUACCUCGAAAACUGUGGGAACAAAAAUGGGUUUGUCUGCCAGAAGGCUCAAGAUACUUCCAGACAGAUCAUCGAUCCUUUGGUGAUGUACCCAAUACCAGAUACUUUAGAAUAUGCAAAUAGGACAUAUACAUUGAUCAAUGGCAGUAUGACUUGGUACAUGGCUUCACAAAUGUGCAAAAAAAUUGGGACUGAAUUGGUCAGCAUUACAGACUACUACCACCAAGCUUUCCUUACUGUAAUGAUAAAUCGAGUGGGUUAUGCUCACUGGAUUGGAUUGUUCACUUCAGAUAAUGGCCUUCAUUUUGAGUGGUCAGAUGGCACCACCCCUUUCCUUACAUUUUUGGGUCAAGAGGAAACACAAAGUCCAGGACACUGUGUUUACAUUGAUAUUAAUGGACGCUGGAGAAAUACUGACUGUGAAAAGCUUUUGAGUGGUGCAAUUUGCCAUAUUUCACCCAAGAAGAAAUCAAUGGAAAAUAAGGGAUUGUGUGAUGAAAAGACCGUCCCUUGGAUAAGGUUUGACAACAGUUGCUAUAGCUUUUCCACCAUUUUUGAGAAUCUGAACUUUGAUGAAGCAUUGGAAUUUUGCAAAAGGCAAGGUUCUAACCUUCUAACAAUUAAAGGCAGAGAUGAAAAUGCUUUUCUUUUAGAAGAACUACAUUCUUUUGGCUCUGUGGUUGAAAUGAUUUGGUUGAAUACUCAGUUCCUUAUGGAUAAUGCUAUGGUGGUAUGGUUUGAUGGCUCCCCAAUUCAGUAUUCAAACUGGGGCACUGAAGAACCUGAAGUGGGUCAAUGGAAAGGAAACAGCUGCAUUGCCUUGAGAACUGCAGAUGGAAUCUGGAAAUUAUCACCCUGUCAUGAAAGAAAAGGAUUUAUAUGUAAAGCCAACACAGACUAUCAAGAGACUGCAGUACUAUCACUGAAAGUAUCAUAUCAUAGGAUAAUAGUCCUGGUGAUAUUAUCCACAUUGCUGAUAGCUGUUGGUGCUGUAGCUACAUGUUUGUGGUAUUCGCCACGGCCCAGUCGUGCAUCUGGAAGGAUGCUGCGCUUCAGAAACGCCUGCCUCGCGGACGCCCCCUCCCAAGUUCCUGUUGCCGAAGAAAGCAUCCUCAUUUCCAGUCUGGAGAGGAAUGAUGUUCUGUAAUGCAACCACGUUCAUUUAGUGCAACUAAUAAGGCUGCAUUUACAAUAGUACAAAUGGACUUCCGUCUUUGCAGACAAAAAUAAUCUCAUGAACUGAUUACAUCAUACGAUUAGACUUACGCAUUUUACUCCCUCCAAAUUGAAUGAAACAAGAUCUGCAAUGAGACUCAUCAUUUAUGUUUGUUGUAGUAUACUUUUGAGGCUGGUAUCUCGGGGAACGUGUCCAUUUAUGAUGCUCAUUUCAGUUCCAUAAAUCAAAUCCUAUUAUUGUCCAUUAAAAUUUUUUUCCAGAUCCUGGACCAAGGAAGAGCCAACCUGCCCUCCUCUUUUCCUUUUCUCCUUCCACAACUUUUUGGGAAGAGCAAAAUAAAACAUUGACUAGGCCAAUUCAGCUCAUAGUUUUUAGCUUUAGCAAUGAUGCAUUAGAAAUUGAAAACCUGACUAAUUCUGAAACGUUCAAAGCCACUAAUUGUACAAAAUAAAAACAAUACUAAAGACUCCUAUGUUCUUAACCCUCUUCCUCAAAACUACCCAUUUAAAGAUUUUUUUUUAAAAUUCUCAUUUGCUUCCCCCAAAGCCCUUACUUGUGUGAAGAAAAAUACUGUAUGUGGCAGACAUAUAUUUGCAACUCAGAAAGAAUAAUUGGGCUCGCCAGAUGCCAAAAGAAAACACAAGUAGAUUGUCACAUGAAAUUAAUGUUCUGUGCUUUCAAUAUGCUAAGAGUUCUGCAGGCAAGGAAGUUGGCAUCAGGAGAGAAGGGGAAGAAAGACCAAAUUCUUAGGUGUAACUAUUUAGUAACUGACAUUGUUUAAAAAAUGGAGUAAGUUAUUCAGGAUGUAGUGACUGGAAGGAAAUCCCACUGAACUCAGAGGUAUUUUCUUUUGAAUAGAUAUUUAUAGGCUCACACUAUGUUGGGUGUUACUUUACAUCUCCCAUUGUUGUGGCUUUCAAAUAUAUUUGGUUCGGAAAACAUAACAUGGAUGAACUAUGAAACUAACUUGGAUAGGGCUAAAAUGCCAAACAGUAAUGGUAACAGUAAUGGUGGGCAUCAAGCAAGAUCCACUGAAAUGCAUAAUUUAAUAUUUUCAUGGAGAAGCAUUUUUACUGUGUAUAUGUGUGCAAGAAAGACGGAUCUUAUGUCCUUAGCUGAGUUGGUCUAGCUUUUAAGGAAAUUAUUAAAACAGAAAGAGCAUUAUAUGCAUAUAUAGAUCUUUAAUCUCAUUAGCAUGUACUGUACUGCUUAUUCUCUUUAUGCCCAACUUCUGACUUCUUAGAAUCCAGUGAAAAGCUAGUACUUACUUCUGCAUUUUACAAUUAAUUUUCUUUUCCCCUUGUUCUUAUUUGCAUUAUAAAACAACAUCUUUUCCUCUAUUUUUCUCAUGUUACCAACUGAAAACAUUUUCAAAUCAGAUUUGUACCAUUAAUGAUACUGUAUGCAACUUGUUUU